AUGCCUGCAGCCACAUCUAAAAACUCGACUCCAUCAUCAGCAAGUUCCACUCCCAAACAGGGUCAAGUAGACACCGACAAAUUAUUAGAAUUGGUUUACACAUUACAGUUUGCUUGGUUUGUUGGUAAUGUACUCACUUUAUUUGGUUUUAUCGCCAGUACUUUAACAUUUCUUAGAAUCUUGCCAUCUUUGUACAAAUUAGAUUAUUUGCUUACAUUGUUGGGUGUUUUGAUUUCAUUUGGAAUUUUGGUUUUCCAAUUGGUGCAAAAGAAUGGUCUUAGGUUUGGUAUUUUAAUCAAGGACGAUAAUACUCAUUAUAUCUUGCUUGGUGGAUUUUUAUUGUUUCUCAGACCUUAUGUCUGGUUAACUUUAGUUCCAUUUGCUAUAUUUUCAACAUUCCAUGUAUUGGCUUAUGUCAAUGGAUACAUUUUACCAAUUGUUGGAUUAGACAAGAGCAAUAUAUCAUCAACUAUUACUAAUUUUGUCAGUCAAAAUAAUGCUAAAUCAAUUGAAGCUGCUAGCGGUAUUGAAUUGGUUACUUAUGUUUGGUUGCUUUUGAGAAUGAUUACUUUUAGAAAAAGAUCAUUGAGUCCAGUUUUGGUUUACACUGUGUUUUUGAAGAAGAGAUACGAAGUUAGUGCUUUUACUAGAGGUUAUGUCAAGGUAGUGGCUGAUGCUGGUGACAAGAUUGUUAAUGAUGUUAACCAUCCUGUUUUGCGUGAUGUCUGGGCCAAGGUUAGAAAUGUGUUUGGAAUUGUUGAUCAAUACAAGUUAGUCAAUGAUUACACCCAAGAAGGACAAAAGACAAAGUAG